AGGCACCGCGAGAUCCUGCACGAUUUUCUCGAGGAGUUCUCAAAGACCAAGGCCAACCUGCGCAUGGCCGACGAGCGCCAGCAGCUUCUCACCUCGGUGCGCGAGGACAUCGUCGAGCACCGCUCGGCGAGUCGCGCCACCGACGCGCUGCUGCGCGAGCGCAAUGCCGUGCACGCCACCGAUCGCGCGCUCGACGGCUUGCUCGAGCACGCCGCCGAGACCAAGGCUGCGCUCAGCCUCCAGCGAGGCAUCUUUGGCGGCGUCGGCUCAAAGCUGCAGCAGCUCUCUGCCGUGGCGCCGCAGAUCAACGCGCUGCUCGGGCGGAUAAGCAGAAAGCGGUCGCGCGACAAGACCAUCCUCGGGGUGGUCAUGGGCUGCUGCCUCUCUCUGCUCGUGCUGUACAAGCUGCAGAUUGGCUAG